AUGCUCUCUACAACCGAGCUGUUGGUUUCUCCGCCUCCCAUUACUUUAUCGUACUCUGUACCACCAAGUCGGUCUUGUUUCUCGUUCAACUCUCCCAGAUCCUCUCAUUGCAUGGACACUUCGAUCUGGACACCACCUUCGCCAAGCUUGUCCUUGAACUGCCUCAGCUCAGAGCUUAUCGCGCUUGUGUUCGAACAGCUUCGUGAUCUAGACUCACAUGCCCUCGCGUCUGUGCGUCUCGUCUCAACGAGGUUCGACGCCAUCGCUGCACCCAUCGCAUACCGAUUCCUGACCUUGAAUGAGGCUCUUGUUGCACCAGAUGCUGAGCGAAGACAUCCUGACGUUUUUCGCCGUAUCUCCCACCUCACCAAUCAUGUCACCAUACCAAGCAACUUGAGCUCUACAGGUAUCAAUAUCCUGUUAUCGUGCAUUAAGCGAUUGAACUGGCGAUAUGUGGAUAAUGACAUUCCUACCGCAGGCUUAUGGUUACCUUCGGAUCUUCGCAGUUUACACGGCUGUAACUCCAACACUACACAAUUACACAUCGAGAAUCUUCCUCUUCGACGAGAAUACGAGGGAAACCCGCUGGAUACAUUUAUCAGAUCAAUUCCUGUCGAACUAUUAACGUCGUUGAAGCUUGCCAACCCAACUCCCGUACUAUCGACUCGACUGAACUUGCUAAAGCAACUUCUUGUUCAAGCUCAACAACUUGACACAUUAUGCUAUGAAGAUCGUGGUCAGGGUACGUGCUUCAGCUUUUCUCCGGGAGAGAAGAUGCCGCCUAUCAACAACUUGCUGUUGCGAUCGUACGAUUGGCAGCAUACAUCUGAGGAUGUUGGAAAACACUGGGACUUGUCCAAGAUACAAUCCCUCGAAUUGAUCUCGGUGCCCAUCUUCAACUUUCUCAAAUCAGUCUGCCUUGAAGACUUUUCUCGACUUCACACCCUCCAUGCGGAAGACUAUAGCGCCCAUUUAUCGGAUAAGAGAGAAGAUGCGACCCUUGCUUUGAGCGUGCUGGUCAAAAACCACAUCAAGGCACUCGAGAUUUUGAAUAUUACCUGCCAUACCCGGCUGUUUCAGCUCGAUGCAAUUGCAGCACAUCGAGACUCUUUACAGGUUCUACGGUUCAGAGAUCAUGUUGGAUUUGCCGAAGACGACCAAAGAUGCCCAACACUACCUCCUAGUGGUUUGGCUGGCUUAGGCCAACAAUUGAAGUUUGUUCACACAUUAGAGCUCGAUCUAGACACCAGGCUAUGCGACCCUUUCACGUUCCUCCGAGCAACCAUGAUUCAACCGUUGGAUGAGGUGGCCCCAGGCAUCGAUCGCGAUUACGAGGCUGCGAUGAAGACAUUCCAAAUACUUGUACAGGAAAAGGAACGGCUUGGAGCUCGUACUCCGUGGAGGCACAUUGCCGUCAAUGUUGGGGGCUGGAAACGAGUGAUGGUUCGCAGGCUGGGUGGUAUAUGGCGACGAAGAAAUAAUAUGGGUAUCUACGCUGAAAGGUGCUUUAUCCUCGAGAGAGAUGUACAAAGUGGGAGGAUAGCAGUACGCGAGGAGGUAUGCGUUGAGCCUACGAGUCAUGGAGGAAGUCCGAGCCCUUGA